GGACAGUAAAAAUCCCCACGUCACAAUAACUGUUUCUGCAAAAUUCAUUUGACUACCGGGAAGUGAUUGUUUUUUCUUAAUUUUGAGAAAUACAAUUUACUAUUUGCAAUUCCAAUCACCCAGUCAGCAUGUUUUUUCAACAUUAUGCAAUCAAGGUUUUGUGAUUAUGAUGUUGUUUUGUGACUAAACCAAGUUGUGUGGAUACCCUCUAUUUAGCAUUACCGCAUUACAAAAGUAGUGUUUCUUUACAAAUAGCUAAACAACUGGUUAUAGAUUUUUAUAGAAUGGAUAAAGAUCAGGUUAAUAGGGUAAUUGAAGGACUUCAGUCUGAUCUGAAAACUUUGAUACUUGAAACAAGGAAAAAAUACACUUCAGUUAAAGAGGCAUGUGAGGAAGUGCUGUCAAAAUUAAAAAACUCUUAUGGCAGUUCCCAGCUGACACAUCAAACUCUACGAAGCAUUACCAAUCCUGCCCUGUAUCCACUCAUUCAAGGAUGUGAAACAAAAGAUCCCAAACUAACAAAAGUAUGUUUAGGGGCUAUACAAAGAUUUAUCACAUAUGAUUUACUUGAUGAAAAAGGAGCCAAAUAUGUAAUUAAUGUUAUGUGGCUUUUGAUGGAAAAUAACAUUGAUGAAGUGAAAGUCCUCCAAACUGCUGCAUUGCUACUUACAACUAGCAAUUUAGUUAGAGGGGAUUCACUCUCCAAGUGUCUAGUGCUGUGUUUUCGACUCCACUUCGCUAAGGAUGCUACAAUAGGAAACACAGCUGGAGCUACCGUCCGUCAACUAGUUUCAUUAGUUUUUGAAAGGGUGGUUAUAGAAGACGCAUCAUCAAAUGAAGAGCCUCCUGCAUUAGUCGAUAGUAGUUUUUCUGGCGGCAGCAAAGAAUUUAUUAAAUUACCCGAUUCUCCUCUGAAGGCGCUUAAACCGUUUGCACAAGAUGCAUUUUCUCUUUUUCAAGACCUGGUGAUGUUGGUCAACGGCGAUCAACCAUCCUGGCUAAUCGGAAUGACCGAGAUGACCCGAACGUUUGGAAUCGAAUUAUUGGAGAACAUCUUGUCCACGUUCUAUAGCGUCUUUUUCAAGCACCAGGAAUUUAGUUCAUUGUUGAAAGAGAGAGUGUGUGCUCUGGUGAUCAAGUUGUUUUCACCCAAUGUGAAGUCUCAGUAUAGAAUUGCGAUCGGUCAUCAACAGCAACAGUUACAAACACAACAACCCAUAACAACAGACAAACCAUUUUUUCCCGUCAGUAUGCGACUUUUAAGACUAGUAUCUGUAUUGGUACAGAAGUAUUAUUCAUUACUGGUUACAGAAUGUGAAAUAUUUCUGUCGUUAAUCAUAAAGUUCUUGGAUCCUGAUAAACCGGCAUGGCAGAGAGCAUUAGCUUUAGAAAUCCUCCAUAGGUUGCUGGCUCAACCUUUGUUGGUGAAGUCUUUCUGUCAAAGCUACGACAUGAAACCACAUGCAACAAACAUAUUUCAAGAUACCGUCAAUUCCCUCGCCGCGUGUAUACAGUCACUCUUUGUGACAACACCGCCGGGUCUUGCUUCUUCAGCUCAAGCAGCGUUGACCAAUUCAACAUCGUCUUCGUCUCCCUUGAUAAAUACGGUUAGUAUGGGACCAGGGAUCUCUCCGCAAGCUGGCUUCUAUUAUCGUGGCGUUUGGAUACCCAUAUGUACUGUGUUUACCAGCGGACAACCGAAAGCCACUUUCCUCGAAAUGUUGGACAAAACUGAUCCGCCUAGCAUCCAAGAUGGUUACUGCAUGUCUGUAGCGUACGCAUGCUUGCUGGAUGUUAUCCGUUCAAUAUCACUUGUGGUGCAAAACACACCCUGUGGUAACGCAAGCGACUCAUCGGCGCCUUCAGAUGGAGCUCCAAAUGAAAAGACUUCUAUUGACGACGAUUCCUUUAGCAUUCAGCUUGUCAAUUCUAGUUGGUGUGGGUUAUUAGCGGCCUUAACCCUCCUACUUGAGGCUAGUACUGACGAGACAAGCACGGAAAAUGUGCUCAAAUCUCUACAGACGUUCGCCAGUGUGAGUGGCCGUGUUGGAUUGACAACUCCUCGUGAUGCUUUCAUAACCGCAUUGUGUAAAGCCUCCUUGCCGCCCCAUUACACAUUAACCGUUCUUAACGCUUCCUCUCCUGGAACGGUCACUAGUCGAGUCGCACAGUCUCGACAACCGAGCACCGAAAGCUAUGGCCAACAUAUGGUUAACACUGGAGGAAACGCAAAUGCCAAUAUUGAGACGGAAUUCCGCCAGCAUUUGAUCGUGGCUGUCGGGUCCCCACUGCCUACUCCUUCGCAGCCUGCCGGAUGUCAGCAGGGGCCGGUUGUUUUGACAGCCAAAAAUUUACAAUGCAUGCGCGCUAUCUUGAGUGUUGCUCAUUGCCACGGAGCAGUGUUGGGAUCUGCAUGGCACAUGGUCUUAACUACAUUACAACAUCUGGCAUGGAUUUUGGGCUUAAAGCCGUCGAGUGGUGGUUCUUUAAAAUCAUCACGGCCGUUGAUGGAAUCGAGUUCGGCCACUCUAGUGCCAAGUACUGCCGCGGUGCUGGCUGAUUUGCCCGUUCUUUCGUCCAUGUUAAGCCGAUUGUUCGAAUCUAGCCAAUAUUUAGAUGAUGUGGCUCUCCAUCAUUUGAUCGACGCUUUACGCCAGUUGUCACAGGAAGCUCUUGAAGUUGCCUAUUCCAAUAGGGAGCCAUCACUUUUUGCGGUGGCCAAACUGUUAGAAACGGGCCUUGUCAAUUUGAAUCGUGUUGAAGUUCUUUGGCGUCCUGUGACAAACCAUUUACUUGAAGUUAGUAGCCAUCCGCUUAACCGCAUGAGAGAGUGGGGAAUAGAAGCCAUUACUACUUUAGUUCGAUCAGCUAUUCAAUAUCAACAUUCUACUUCUUUAAAAGAGAACCAGAGGUUGCAAACAUUGUUAAUAUCGCCGUUGAAUGAGUUAUCUAGUACCAGCUUUGCAGAUGUACGGCAAAAGCAAGUAGAUUGUGUCCUCCAUCUGCUGCACAGCUCCGGUGACAUAAUCUCUUUUGGAUGGCCCUUGUUCCUCAACAUAAUAGGAGCUAUCAACAAUUCUCAAGGAGAGAAUUCAAUUCGCUCAGCGUUCCAAUGUUUGCAGUUGGUGGUUACGGAUUACCUCCCUAUUUUGCCAUGGAAUUGUCUGCCUCUAGCAGUUGAGACAACUGGAAAAUUUGGAUCGCAAACACAGGAUCUCAACGUCUCACUUACGGCCAUAGGUUUGAUGUGGAACAUAUCCGACUAUUUUUAUCAAAACCGAGAAGUAUUACGCUCUUCAUUGUGUGAAGAAAAAAAUAAAGUUUUCCCAGACUUUCCCGGUGUGCCAAAUAUGGCUGCCUUCGACAAACUCUGGAUGUGUCUGUAUACCAAACUUGGUGAGUUGUGUAUCGAUGAACGCCCAGCGGUUCGCAAAUCAGCUGGCCAAACACUCUUUAGCACUAUUGCAGCCCAUGGAGAUCUUCUGCAUCAUAACACUUGGCAGGCUGUCGUGUGGCAGGUAUUGUUUCCAUUGUUGGAUAAUGUCAAGAAAUUAUCUGGGCAAGCUAGUGAUGUAAAGGUGGACACUUCCGGAAGUAUGCUAAUCCAUCAUUCACGUAACACAGCUCAAAAACAAUGGGCAGAGACUCAAGUGCUGACACUUUCUGGCGUCGCUCGUGUAUUCCAGACUAAGCGGCCAAUGUUGCAGUCACUAGAUGAAUUUUCAAGGGCUUGGAUUCUUUUGCUUGAACACAUUGAAAAUUCGGCAUUGAGUAAAAACUCUGAGGUUUCGCUGGCCUCAUUGAAAGCGUUUCAAGAUGUUCUGUCAACGACGACUAAAUGCAAUUCCAGUGAAUCGAAUGGUAGUGGGUCCCACGAUGAUUUCGUCUGGAACGUGGCCUGGAAAGCCUGGCUUCAAAUUGGAACAUUAGCGACGAGUCCGCAAAAAGAAGAGCGCGUAACUUAUAUUCCGUCACAGCCGUUCCUGACCGCCUUAGUGCUUAUCUUUCCUGGACUCUUCCAAUAUAUAAAAUCUAGGUUCGGGUCGGACAAUUUGCAGAUGUUGUGCACUGUCCUUCAAUCAGCAGUCAGCGUUCCCGUGCAUGGUGAAGCUUCUCCGUUCAUUCUUCCAUCGGUGAAUGACCCUGUGCUGACACCACUCCAAGAAGGAGUUUUACUCUGCAUGGAUACUUUGCAACGGGACUUUGUCUCUGGAAACGAACUGAUGAAAUCCAUGAUACCUGCACUCUUUUAUCAACUUUUGGUUUUUGCUGGCUUUGCUUGUCAAGCUCCAACCUAUGGGCAACUCAAGACUAAAUCCAUAAGCUCUUUCAAAGGAAUGCAGGUGAAUCUCCAUUCAUGUCACAUUAAACAGUCUGCAGAAUGGGUCACGUUAAACUAUGUUCCAUUUGGAGAAAAAUGUUUGACUAUGGCUGUCCAUUUGUAUGGGAAAACGUGCCAAGAAGAAGUCGUUAAUCAGUCUCAAGUGUUGACCAGCAUUAUUAGAUGCCUUCGUUUGCCGCUAAGUCUUAAGUAUGACUGCACCUCUCAGACGACUUGGCGACUUGCAGUUCACUCUUUACUGCAUGUCUUACGUUUGGGAUUACCCAUGGCUCGGCUGAGACCCGACAAUCAGGAGAAUAAUAUAAAUGUACAGGAAGCUAUGCUGCCGCUUUGGACGGAAAUCACUCUAGCGUUAGACGAAUUUCUUUUCCCCAAAAGCGUGCCUUUGGCCAAUCAAACGCCAGAAGAAAUUCAAUCGGAUGAAUUGUUGGACUGCCAAGUAAUGGAGUUGAUACGUGACGAAAUAUUACCGCAGGCCAAUUUCUAUCCACCACAUUUCAUCUCCAAAAUCAUGGGGUUGCUCAGCAAGGGAUCCAUUCAUCUGGUUCCACCAGUAGAUAGUGAGACUGGACCUAAACUGCGCGAGGAGUUUGCUCGCGUCUGCUUCGAGGUGCUGUUGCAGUUUUCGUUGUUUCACGAAGAAAAACAACAGCAGCAAGAACAAACGAAGAUACCUUCCGGCAAUCCUAGCCAGGUUACAAAUCAGCUUGCCAUCACGGCACUUCUUGAUCGAUUUCAUAAAGUUCUGGCUGCUUUUGCUCAAGACGCCAAGACUAGUGGCCAGAGCCCCAUGCCAAGGUAUCGCACUGCCGAAAUUGCCUUCACUCUGCAAGGGCUUUCCUCUCUAAUAUCGGCUUUAAAGAAGAUUCCGACCACAAAGGUGAAUCCGUUGACUUGGAGGCAACUAAUUUCUCUGUAUCCGCACUUGGUUGAGCUGACGGCCGUGGAUUCGACUCGCAUUGGGCGAAAUCUCCGCGACGCCCUUUGCCAGUAUUCUGAUUUACUGCAACCGCCGGCGGCCACCGCUUCAACUUCAAUCAACGGAACUUGAUGAAUAAAAACGGCGGCCACCCCAUGAAAUUAAAUGAAAAGAAAUAAAAAGGUUGUUUGGAAAUGUUUAUUUGGUUUCCCAGCCGAAAGCCUGUGUGAUGUUGUUUAGUUUUGUUUUUGUUUUCGUUUUUGGUUUUUCAUUUUUUUUUUUUUUUCUGUUGAUAUCUUAGCGUGUUUCGUGUCAUGUGUGCCAAGUGGAUGGCAACAAUAACGUCGACCACGUCGUUGAAAUAUGGUCGUUGGUCUUGUUUUCCUGAUAUCUAUUUUUUUGGCUCCUUUUGUCUUUUCGUCGCCUCUCUGGGCGUGAGAUGUAUACACAAUGCCCGCAACUUUAGCGGUGUAACCACAGA